AGUUUUGAAAAUUUUCAAAAGCCCCUCUUCUUGCAACCCCCACCGGACUCUCCUCUAACUAGGGUUUCAAAUUUGAACAGGUCGCGGUAGUGGUGUUAAAUUCUUCGGUGUGCUGAAUUGAAGUAUAGGAAUGAGCGGGGAAGAUAAGGAAACCGAUGCUUUUGGCGGUGGAAGUUAUGUGAGGAGCGGAGUUGUGAUGUCCAUCUCUGAUGCUGCAAAGGAAAAUGGCAAUAUGGAUGUAGAAACUGGUUCCUCGAAGUUCGGAGAUUCUAUGCUUACAUACAAGAGGCGGAAGAAUUGUAAGGCUGAGAAAGUUGAGGAAGAUGGAAUGGUUUCAGAUGGUACUGCGACAAAACCUAUCAAAAAGUCAACGAAGAACUCAUCUGAUCAAGCUAACAAGAAAAUGCUACAUUGUCAUACAAACUCUUCUGAUGAUUGUUCGCUCAAGAGCCAAAGAAAUGUUGUUCUGGAGCAAAUAUGUCAAUCGAUUGAAAUUGAAUGUAGUUUGAAAAAACGGAUCCAAGACGCCCUCGCAUUUCAUCCAGGAAGCAGUAGCGGACCUAUUGCCAAAGAAUCUGAUCUUGCUUGUGAAGCUGGAAGCAAAGGCACCAUCGAUAACGGGUCUCUAUGUAAUGGUCUCGAAAAUUCCAACAAUUGCAGUAGGGGUGUCCAUAUGAAUCACGAGACAAUCACAGAACUCUGUCAGGGAACCUUUCUCGAGAUUAUUAUGUCCGAAAAUUUUGCCAGAUUAUGUAGUUUACUUCUUGGAAAUGGAAUCAAGGCUGAUAAGCUACUGGAUUUGAGUUGCAUUAAUUCAAGAAUGAAGGAGAAAGCCUACGAAAAUUCGCCUAUGCAAUUUUAUUCAGAUAUGCAAGAGAUAUGGACAAGGCUUCGAGAAGUCGGCACUGAUAUGAUAUCCCUCUCAAAAUGCCUGUCGGAUAAAACGAUGUCUUCUUUUCGCGGACAGUUAGAGAGCACGGGACAUGUCGUUUUUGAGGAUGUUAGAAAUGAGUGCUAUUCGCGAGAAUCUGACAUUCAGACGGCAGACUUAAUCGAGGACAACGAACUCGGCGAAGUUCAUACGUGCAGGCAGUGCGGGGAGAAAUCAGACGGCGGAAACGGUCUAGUGUGCGAUUCCUGCGAGGAGAUGUACCAUAUCUCCUGUAUCGAGCCUGCUGUUAAAGAAAUCCCGACGAGAAGCUGGUUCUGCGCAAACUGCACUGCAAAGGGAAUCGGAUCGCCACACGAAAACUGCGUACCUUGCGAGAGAUUGAACGCUUCUGAAUCCCACCACGACGGCACACGAGAAGACGAACCUAUGAACGGCGAAGUCCCAGUAGACGAGAGUUCGAAAGAUUUAGCCAAUAGCGAAGGCGACGACGAAAGGUUUCAGCAUUGCAAGAUUUGUCGAACUCUGGUUGGGAACAACGAGGACUACAUGAUAUGCGGCCAUUCCUUCUGCCUUCACAAGUUCUACCAUGUGAAAUGCUUGACGAGUAAAGAGCUGCAAUCGCACGCGCAUUGCUGGUACUGUCCGUCUUGUCUGUGUAGGACUUGCCUCUACGACAGAGACGACGAGCACAUUGUUCUAUGCGACGGCUGCGACCAUGCCUACCAUAUCUACUGUAUGCAGCCGGCGCAGCUUGAAGUGCCUAAAGGGAAAUGGUUUUGCAGGAAAUGCGACGCCGCAAUCAAGCGCAUUAGAAAAGCGAAGCAUUCGUAUGAGAUUAUGCAGAAUAGGUAUAAAAGGAGAGGCGCAGAAGGGAAGGUGAAAACAGACGACGCCCUGGACAAAUCUGGCGGCGUCGACAUGCUUUUGAAUGCGGCGAAAACACUUAAUUACGAAGAGAAUCUCGCCGCGAUGGGAAUGAACUAGCGUAAGGGGAGGAAGACUAACCUCGGAUUUUUCGGUUUCGGCUUUGAUUUUGAUUUCGCCAUUUCGGCAGAGGAGCCAAUUCUGCUUCUGCUGUUAGAGCCCACCUGAUCACUUCAAACAGGUAAUAUUCUGAAAACUGUUAGAAUUUGUAUGCAUAUCUUUAUAUGUUUUUGUUGUAAAAUGAGACAUUACAGCAAAUGCCUGAAUUAAGUCAAUAGCAUUUCUUGUUU